UCCGGAUACACUACGUUGUAUGAAGACACUUAAAGAUUUUAAGAUUGCGGUUAGAUCUAUUGUAAAUUUACAUAUGUAAACCAGUCUUAGCUGUUAUGUAUUUAUAUCUUGUAAUUUUUUAAUUUCAAUUUUCUUUCGUUUAAAGUUAUUUUUCUCGGUAAAUUAGCAUAAUCUUGCUAUAGGCCUAAUCAGCCUCAUCAACCCGAGUUGAAAUAAAGUUAUCUAUCUAUCUAUCCAUCUGCGAUCACAAAGUACCCAAAUUAUUCCUGAAAAUAACUUAUCAACCAUAAAAACGAUAAUUUAAAUCAUAUUACGGAAUUAUGCGGGAAGAGAAACAUAUUUUAGAUAAAAUUGCGGCCCUGUGUUCGGUUCAGUGAUUUUCGAUACAACAGAGACAACAGUGGCCACAUGUACACCUCCUGAACCAUUUAUUGACUCGCUCCAGGCUCUACGCAGAUACAGUCUUCGUGACUUCGGACAACUUCGACUUCGUUGCUCUUUUGCCUGUAAAUAUGGCUGCGAUUGCUUUUGCUUUACAUGUUUGUCCAGGACAUCUAAGUACAGCACGUUAGUUAUCAAGCCCUCUUUGGAGUUCUUAGCUCAUCUAAGAAUCUAAAAGGAUUGUAACAAAGCUUACUCUGUAAACAUUCUUCACCAUUAUGGGGAAAAGCCGGUUGUAGAUAGCUACAACCUGCUACAACAAAUAGCCCUCCACUGUGUCGUGAAAUAAGAUUAAGCUGCAGCUUCAGAGAAAAUAUGGCUAAAAGCGGCGUUGAACUGGAACUUAAAGGAGUCCUGGAAGAUUCUGCAGCCGUCGGAGGUAAAAAUCUUGGCUCCCCGAAGACGCAUCGUCCGGAUUACGAAUCUUUGAAAGAAGUCAAUGAUAACAAUGAAAAUGAUGGAGAAACCUUCACAUUGUCUGAAGCAGUGGAAGCAAUUGGGAUGGGAAAAUUCCAGAUCCUACUCAUUCUAAUGGCUGGUUUUGUUAAUGUAAGUAUGGGUUUGAAGCUGGUAACCGUGAAGACUGUCUUUGUUGGUAUGGCAGUUGGCUGUCCAAUCUGGGGCUGGCUCUCAGACAAUUUAGGCCGCAAAAGUAUGAUUUUUAUAAGUGCAAGUUGGCUGGCUUAUUUUGGUUUCAUUAGUUCGUUUUCACCUCAUUAUCUCUGGAUUGUUGCCUUACGAUGCUUGGUGGGCUUUGGAAUUGGUGGUGUACCAACUAUGUACACUCUACUGAUUGAAUUUCUACCCAUCAAUAUGAGGUCGUACAUCAUUUUGUGUCUUGCUUUUUUCUGGGCACUUGGAUCAACAUUUAUGGUCGUUGUGUCACUUCUCAUCAUGCCGACACUUGGCUGGAGAUGGUUGCUUGCAUUUGCCACGCUUCCUGUUGUUAUAUUUAUCAUUUUAUGCAAGUGGCUACCAGAAUCUCCUCGGUACCUGCUUGCUGCUGGUGAAAAAGAGAAGGGCAUGGAAGUGUUGCAACGCAUGGCAAAGAUUAAUGGCUCUAAACUUCCUCCAGGAACUCUUAGAGUUGAGACAGAAAGUGCACGACAAGGAAAAAUCCAAGUUCUUUUCAAUCAAGAGUAUAGAUUAACAACCCUUCUUCUAUGGCUAAUUUUUUUUUCUGUUGGAGUUUUGUACUAUGGUGUUGUGUUGAUGACAACUCAAGUUUUUCAGCAAAUCCGCCCAGGAGAGAGUUUGUGCAGUGCAGAGAGUCUAUCCACGUCUGUUACUGAAUGUGGCUGCAAACUCUUAACUGUGAAUGACUAUAUCAGUCUUUUGUGGACAACAGCUGCUGAGUUUCCUGGAAUAUUGUUCACAAUGCUUUUUAUGGAGAGACUUGGUAGGAAACGAACUCUAGCUGGAGAGUUUUUCCUAGUUGCUGCAAGUCUGGCAUUGAUGUAUAUUUGCACUGGAAGGACUCUUUUAUUACUGUUUAUAUUCAUGGUGCGUGGCCUUUCAUUAGGUGUAUUCCAGGGUUUCUUUGUGUAUGCCCCAGAGGUUUACCCCACGAUCGUUCGAUCAAUAGGCUUUGGUUGUUGCAAUACCUGGACCCGUAUUGGAGCAAUGGUAACACCUUACGUGGCUCAGGUAUUGCUCAGAGUCUCAUGGAACUUGUCUCUUGGUGUUUAUAUAUCUUUAAGUCUGAUGGCUUUAGUUGCCACGCUCUUACUUCCUUAUGAGACUAAGGGACGCGCCAUGCAGGAAAUGUGAAGAAAAAGAACAAAGAAUUGCAAUUUAUUUAAACGUCUUUACUUUAAAAAGUUAUUUAAUUUGUAGUAAUAUAAAUCUUAUGAAAGAGUAUGUCGUAGCAAGGCACUUAAAUAUUAGUUAUUAAAUUCUCGAGACGUUCGACAGGGAUUAACAAUAUUUCGGGUGCUGUUGAAAAAAUGAUCUAAGCUAUUUUUUUUAGCGAAGCGAGCGGGGGGAAAAUGAACCACAGCGUUUUGCACAAACCAACAAAAGACUGAAUGAAAAGAAGAAGUAACGAUUAAAUAUGACGAAUUCAGGAUGGAAGGAAGGAAUUUGAAUGUAUAACUGUUUUAUCCGAUUGAAACUUUUUAAUCAUGGAUGUCAACACAUAAAUUCUCCUUACCAGUCCUGUUUAUUUGUAGGAUGUAUAACACUAUCCACCGUAUAGCGUAUUUUUGGUUUGUUAUCACUAUUCCACUAGAUAGGAACCUCGUUUCCAGGGCUUUUCCCUUACCAAUUUCUUACGGAAAAGCCCUGGGAACAAGGUCGGCAAGAUAGUGAUUUAUCUGGCGAGUAGUGUUAUCCACGCCUUGAACAAACGGGUCCAGGUCCCCACAUAUUUCUCAAGAGAUACUAACUGGGACAAUUUAACGAUUCAUACAUUAUACCAUGUUUCAGUUGGUGCUGAAUUGUUUAAGACGGGUUUUUAAAGUCAGAGUGGACUGUAAACUCUGCAUUUCUAGAGGUUGUAUUUUCAGAGGAUUUUUACAUGGAAUUCUGCUUCUCAAUAUAUUUGUAGCGAUUUAUAUAUGCCUACUAUAGAAAUGGUGUUACUAUAUUUGGUAAGGAAAGUUUUGUUAAUAAAGGAACACAAGCUGAUUA